CACCGCGCGUUGUAUCAUUGCUCCGUCACCCCUCUGCCUCCUCUGCUUCUUUGUCUGCUUCUGUCUCUCUGCCUCUGUCUGUCUGUCGCUGCGUCUGUCUCUGCUUCUGUCUCUCUGCCUUUCUCUCUGCUUGCUUUGCAUGCCCAAUCGCUCCUCCUCGCCUCCGUGUCCCCCUCUCCCUCCCUCUUCCUCUCCCUCGCUUCCUGCUCUCUCCCUCUCGUCUCGUCUCGUCUGGUCCAUUUCCCUCCCUCUUCCUUGUUCUUCCUGGCUCCUCCUCCCCAUCUCCGCUGCCCUGAUCUUCCCUUGCUAUUUUAGCCUGGCUUCUGGCUCUGCCAUUUCUAGCUUCUUUUCGCACCCACCGACUCCAUCUCUCUAUCGAUCCUCUCCAUCUCAUCCAUUUUUGAAUGCUCAGUUAGUGCAUUGUGGCUUCUGCUUACACGAUCGUGUAAAUUAUUUUCGUCUUACAUGGUCAUUUUCAAAUUUCAAUUUUCAUUUUCAAUUUCUCCAAUUAUGCGGCUGGCGAAAAGUUGGUGUAGGGCGAUGUCAGCCGGUGAAUUUUGGAUUUCUCUGCUACAUGGCACACCCGAUCAGAUAUAACAUGUAAAAAUAGUAUGCGUUAGAGCCACCUUUAAACGCAAGCCAAUAUCUGUUAUACGGUGGUUACAUCUCCCACGACAUACCCAUACGCGUGUCUAUUUGGAGCAAUCUAUACAAUUUCAAAAUGAAAACCCGGGGUCAAGCAACCUUUGGCAUUCGGUUCUUAGUGCACGUGUUAGUAGCACUGUUUGUCAUAUCGUUUUGGGGAAUAUUGCUGCAGUAUAGGGGAAGAAUAUUGGAAGCACGUAGGCCGGAGGUGGGCCAAAUUUUGAAUGGAGUUGUGUUGAGUAUGAAAGACGUGAGGUUCAACCACAGUCGCAGUGUACUUCAAUCCCUGGGCAUCGAGGUUGUGCAGAAGGUACCACCAUCAUUUGAAUCAAAGGAGGUAGACCAAGGGUUGGAGCGGCAUGUUGGAUCACGAAAUUAUCAUACUGCUAUGUUUUUGAAAGUUUGGUCUAAUCGUAUGGCAUUCCUGGAGUGCAUGGAGGAGUUUGUUUUAGAUCCUACUGCCACAACGCACACAUGGCGGUUUUUUUUUGAAGAUGAUAUAGCGAUUCAUCCAAAUAUCACCUCUCAGAGAGCGAAGAUGAUUUUCACCAAGGGUCUGACACUUGCAAACAAAGAAGGGUUCUUGUAUCUGGGCAUCUGUGGACCUAAUUGCACGGACUCUCGAGUUCUAGAUAAAGACGUAGAUGCUGCUCGAUGUUUUGGUACAUGUGCUCACGCAUUUGGCUUUCAACAAUGGAAAGCUGCUGAAUUCCUCACAGAUAUGAUUGGUCUUACCUUGAAGGGUGUUGAAGGUCCAGUUAUUUUGAGUUUCUAUUUUGAUCGCUAUUUGUUUGCAUAUGCACAAAUGAUUGAAAGACUGUGGGUGAUAGGUAGUAACUUGCAGAGUCCUGUAACGACGGUUUGGGACCAUUUUGGGCUUCUUUAUCAGGAUAGAUUCCACUUUCAAUCAGACAUCGGCACGUAGGCUUCAUAGAGUAUACUACUUCCCCUUAUUGAAGACGAAAACAGACAGGUUUUCGUUGUGCAACUAAACCAAGAUGUUACGAAAUGUUAGAACUGUCAAAAUUCUUCAGUCGAUGAAGAGUGAUGGGGUCAGUCAUGGAUGAAUCAUAUUGGUGCAACGAUGAGAUGGCGACAUUAUCAGCACAUUUAUUUUUGUUGUGUUGAAAAUGUUGAGCCAGCACUUUACGGAGGGCACAUUCUUUAUGAAGUGUUAAAACAUUAUUUUUUUUCACAAACAAAAAUCGGUUGGAUUUAUGAAUCAA